AUGAGUCAGAAGCAGCCAAGGCGUCCCCAACCAGGCCAGGACCCCAUCAGAUACGGCGACGUUUUCGAUGUCUCAGGCGACCUUGCCAAGAAGCCCGUUGCACCGGAAGAUGCUGCCAUGAUGCAAAGUGCAGAAACUCGAGUGUUGGGCCAAACCCAACUCGGCGGAGCAGCUUCCAUCAUGCAAUCCGCUGCCAAUCAGAACGAACAGGCUGGCCUUGUUGGUCACCGGGACGUCAACGACGUUGCCGGUGACCGUGGCGUCACAGUCUCUGAAACUCAAGUUCCUGGAAGACGCAUAAUCACCGAGGCUGUCGGUGGCAAGGUUGUGCAGCAGUAUGCUGAACCAACUCCGGUUCAGACCAGACGAGCUAGUGCAGUUGGAGAGAGUGCAAUAACCAUAGGGGAAGCGUUGGAGGCGACGGCCCUGACUGUGGGUCAUAAAGCGGUGGAUCAGAGUGACGCCUCCGCUAUUCAGGCGGCCGAGGUGAGGGCAACGGGAAACAAUGUUACGGCGCCGGGUGGGCUGGCGGCUAUGGCUCAAUCGGCGGCUGCUUAUAAUUCUGACUGCAAUAGUGAUGAGGAUAAGGUAAAGCUGGCCGAUGUUUUGAGCGGAGCCACCGCCAAGUUGGCCGAGGACAAGGCGGCGACACUGCAAGAUGCGGAGGGUGUGGCGAGUGCUGAGUUGAGGAACAACCCGGAUGCGACUGCCACUCCCGGCGGCGUAGCGGCUUCUGUGGCGGCGGCUGCUAGGAUCAAUGAAAAUUUGAAGUAA